AAGAAGAAAGAGAUGGUACGGCCACCUUGCUGCGAUGGGAAUGGCGUGAAGAGAGGGCCAUGGACGCCUGAAGAAGACCAAAAGCUCGUCGAAUAUGUUAGGAAACAUGGCCAUGGAAACUGGAGAACCCUCCCCGAGUUUGCAGGUUUGAAUCGAUGUGGGAAGAGCUGUAGGCUGAGAUGGGCAAAUUACUUGAAACCGGAUAUCAAGAGGGGCAAGUUUUCUCCUGAGGAAGAACAAACGAUUCUCCAUCUCCAUUCCAUUCUUGGAAACAAAUGGUCGAAUAUCGCCAAGCAUCUGCCGGGGAGAACGGACAACGAAAUCAAAAACUUUUGGAACACGCAAAUGAAGAAGAAGCUGAUACAAAUGGGGAUUGAUCCGGUGACUCACCGGCCAAGAAGCGAUCUCUUCGCAAGCUUACCUCAGCUCAUAGCUUUAGCAAACCUAAAAGACCUCAUCGAACAGAACUCGUACUCAUCAAUCCAAGCCGAAGCCGCUCAGUUAAUGAAGAUCCAUCUCCAAUGCCUUCUUCAGUCCGCUGCUUCCUUAAACGGUAACGGUCCGAACAACAUUCUCGACAUCGAUCAUAACCAUGCGAUGAAUCUCUUAAACUCCACGGUUUCACCGAACGAAGACCUAAACCCUAAUCCUAACCCGACCCGAGAUGAGUUCAAGGAUCAAAACCAAUGUUCGUUUUCUCUCGGGACCGUCACUAAUCCGACCACUCCAUCACUCCAACAACAGUAUCCUUUAGACAACAACAGUCCUACUGAAAGAUCACGAGCUGAUCCACUUCUUCUACCAUCGUCUUUGAAUAGUGAAUAUCAUCACUUGAUGGACCGAAUGGAUCUAUCUUUCGAUGACAUGGCCAAGCAACCGUCUCUUCGUCAUGAUGAUGAUGAUCACCAUCCCCAGCAUCAUCAACAUCAUUAUCCAUCAUCAUGGGUUCUUGCCACUACUUCUCUUCCUCACAAUAUGAACGAUACCACGAUAACCGGCGUGGCGUUGCCGUAUUGGCCGGACUUUUGCUUCGACGAUAACCAGUCCACAACAUUUCUUAAUUAGCCUUAGUAUUAUUGGAUGGUUCAUAUUAUAUGUGGAGAUGACCGAGUUUUUUCUUUUCCUCUUUAAAUCUUUAUAAUUUUACGUUUUUAAUGUCUUUAAUCCUUUUAAGGGUACGUGCCUUUCUUAUAGAUUUGUAUGAAA